AUGGCUGAAGUACUCACCCCAAUCAUCCCACAGACCAGCACGAUCACGAUGCUGCACACAUCUCCAGACCCUUUCCAAACCAGUUCCUCGCCACAGGGCCAUCACCAGUCCUCACGAGCGUCGCAGAUGUCUCGAAGCCAUAUCUAUAACACACAGAGCGGAGCGAUGGGAAGCUAUCGCCCGACGGCUGCAGCUCCAGUCGCAACCUAUGCCUUCCAGACUACGCCUCACUUACGGCAGGACAAUCGGACUACGUCUGCUCCUGCGCAUCCCUACGCGCAGCAAAAUGGCCCAACGCUCUCUCAUAGGCCGGGUCAGCCGUCGUCUUCGUCGAAUUCGACGAACUCAUCUUCGUCCUCUUCCAACAAGUCGUUAGGCCGCAAUGUUGUUUCCAAAGACGAUUCCGUGCUCUCAUCGCACCAGAGAUCCUAUGCCGGAGCGGAGAACCGACCACUCUCAACAGUCAGCCUUUCGACGUCUGUGCCGGAUCUAUCGCUCUCGACAUUUGAUCUGCCUUCGAAGCCAUCGCCUGACCGCUACCGGCGAGUUCCGCGCCGUUCUGACAGCUCUCCUACGCUACAGCAGCAUGAGCAGUUUCAGAGUGGUCGUUCUGCUGUGCCUUCUGGCUCAGGGAUGGCCACCGUAGCUCAUCUAUACCAAGGUGCUGUGCCGAUCAAUACUGCAAACCGUCCCUCACAUCAGAGGACAGGCAGCGCGGAUGAAACGCAAGCGUCUCGGGCGUCCGAACAGGCGAAGAGAUACCGAAGACGCAGCAUGACUGGCAUCGAGUCCGGGGAUGCUAGUAGUGGUGCAGUGACCACGAACACAAGUUCCGGGACUGCUUGGCGUUCGCCUUCACCGAGUGGGCAAAACAUGCAAGCAAAUAAACCGUCUACGCCUGCAAACAGACCGGUCUCUCACCAUCCCCACACAAGCAGUGGAGACGCCAGACCUUCCACUGCUGCAGCAAGACCCGCAUCUUCUCGCCAAAGCUCCAGUGGCAGUAUCACGCAGCAAGCCAUGGCUGCUGGCAAACCGGAGCUGAAAAUUGUCAACAUUCCAGCGCGCGGCUCUUCCGAGGCCAGCAAACGUCCGGUUGCGCCCUCGCCCCUUUCUAGACCAGUGGUAGGCACGGAACCCGAACGUGCUCAGCCGAUACUCUCACGGCUUAGAACUGAGGCAACCUCGGAAAUCGCGCCAAGUCCAGCAGCACAGCAUCUUGCAGCAGUGAACGACAAGGACACGAAAGAAGGCAUGAAGUCGAGGUUAAGGAGAGCGUUUUCCUUUGGCAGCGCCGCCGAGCUUCGGAAGGCGUCAGCCGAGAACAGCUUCUCAGCAGAACGCGCAAGGCUCAGGAAGGAGAAGUAUCAACAUGAGCGCGAAGCCGAGCAGGAAGCUAUUGCGGCCAAGCAGGAGGCUGGCGGCAUCGGUGCUGGGAUAUACUCGGGCCAAGGUAACUAUUUUGGUGGAUCAACCGACAACUUAUCCAUACAAUCCACUGCUUCUUCCGCUUCUAUAAUGCUGCGCAAGAUGGGCCAGGGUAUGAAGAAGUCAUCACGGUCGCUGAAAGGCCUGUUCAGACCCAAAUCGGUCAUUGGUGUUCCUGCUGCCGAUGGUCCCGUGACGCGACCAAGCGCAGCCGAGGUGUCCAUAGUCACAGUGGAAGCUGAAAGGGAGAAGGUCAACGUCAACAUCGAUCCCCAUGAUCAAGCGGGCGGAGGGACUGGUUUCCCCAGGCUCGAGAGGAACUCUUUGGACGCCAACAGUGUGGCUAGCCGAGAGGUUCCGGGCUUGUCGACUGGCCCUCCCUCGGAUACGUGGUCACGAAAGAGCAUUGUUGGUGGAGAAAGGGAACGCGCAGAGGUACUAGCAGCGGUUAAGAAGGGCAUACUGAAGCGAUCCGCAACCAGCUCCGGUAGUUCAUCGCCUGUUGUGCGGCCGGCCGACAACAGUCUCCCAACAAUGCAGAUCACCGACACACCCAACUCGAGCUCGCCCGCUACACCUGUUGAUGACCAGCCGGCGCCUCUCACUCAAGACUACUUCGUGGGCGCGCAGCGUUUCGCUACCACGAGUUCGAGGUCGCUGCCGAACACUCCCCAUGGCGGCCCCCGCAACAUUAGCUUCAGCCCCAGGAUCCAGUUUCAUGACGCCUGGUCUGCCACUGAGUACGAUAGGCGAGGAGACAUUGCCACCUGCAACCGGUUGACGCCCAUGCUGGCUCAGCAGAUCAAGGAGGAGCUCAACUCCUUCAAGAUGGAGAUGGAAGUUCACGAGCUAUCGAAGCCACACACGCACUUCUUCUAA